GACGGAUGCGCGGGAGCCUUGUCGUUUUUACUGCUGCGUAAAAAAGACGUUACCAUUUCCACUUGUACCAUCUCCGGCCAUGAAAACGGUCCUCCAACUCCUCCAGCUCCUCGGAGUGCUCGUCUGCAGCGGCCAAGCGGCCCUGCAGGUGUCCAUAUCCUUAAACAAAGUGGAGCUGAGUGUGGGAGAGUCCAAGUUCUUCAUCUGCACAGCUAUUGGCGAGCCGGUGAGACUAGAAUGGUUCAACCCUCAAGGCGAGCGGAUCGUGGCGUCCAAGAGAAUGGCCCUCCACACAGAGUCGUCCAGAUCGCGGCUCAUCAUUUACAACGCCAUCAUAGAAGACGCAGGAAUAUACCGCUGCCAGGCAACGGACGCCAACGGGCACACGGAGGAGGCGUCCGUCGUGCUGGAGAUAUACCAGCGGCUGACGUUCCGGGAUGUCCAGUCGCCGCAGGAGUUCCGUCACGGGGAGACGGCUGAGGUGGUGUGCGACGUCAUCAGCUCGCCCGUGCCCGCUGUGGUGUGGUACUACCAGGACCGAGAGAUCACAGAGGAGCCUCAUAGCAGAUACAUGGUGCUGCCCAAUAACAAUCUUCAGAUCCAUCAGGUGACCAAGGCGGACGAAGGCGUGUACCGGUGUGAAGCUAGCGUGGAGGCUAGAGGGGAGAUAGACUUUGUGGAUAUAGCGGUGGUCGUCAACGUGCCUCCGGUGUUGUCCGUUUUCCAGCAGUCCUUUAACGCCACGGCUGAUUACCAGGAGUCUGUCACGUUCACCUGCAUCACCUCUGGAUCCCCUGACCCUCUGGUAACGUGGCACAGGAAAAACCAGCAGUUGGAGCCCUCGGAGCAGUACAUCCUGAGUCGGUUAGAAGGAGGGAGGAGCAUGCUAACCAUCAGGAAUAUUCGGCAAUCAGACGGAGGGACGUACUCGUGCCGUGCCACCAAUAAAGCGGGCGUCCAGGAGAGGGAGCUGUUUCUCAAAGUGUUUGUUCAGCCCCACAUCCUGCAGCUCAAGAACGUGACAGCGGUGGAGGGCAGCGCCGCCAUGAUCUCCUGUGUGGCCGAGGGGGAGCCGCUGCCCGAGGUGUCCUGGAGGAGAGCCAGCGACGGACAGACCUUUAUGGACGGGCUCAGGAGUCCGGACAGUCGUGUAGAGGUCAGAGGUCGUCAUGGUAAAUCGGAGCUCACCAUCAGCGGAGUGAGGCUGACCGACCUGGGCCGCUUUGACUGUGAGGCCCUGAGCAGGAUCGGGGGCCAUCAGAAGAGCAUGUUCCUGGACAUCGAGUACAUCCCAAAGUUCCUGACCAACCACACGAUGUACUUCUCGUGGGAGGGGAACCCGGUGAACAUCAGCUGUGAUGUCAUGUCCAACCCCCCGGCCACCAUGCUGUGGAGACGAGAGCGCUUCACCAUCUCUGCAGAGGGCACGCACAACACCAGGAUCCACAGCGCAGAGGGCAAGUCUGUGCUCGAGGUGACUCCGAUGUCCGACCGGGAUUUUGGCCGCUACAACUGCACAGCCCGCAACAACAUUGGAAUUCGAUACCAGGAAUUCAUUCUAGCACAAGCAGAUGUACCGUCUAACCCUCACUCGGUGCGACUGUCGGCGGUCUCCCAGCGCCUGGCGACGGUGACCUUCAUGACCCCAGACUCUCACGGGGGAGUGCCCAUCAGCUACUACCUGGUGCAGUACAGAGAGGCCGGAUCACUGGAGUGGAGGGACGUACGCUCGCACAGUGUACAGACGACGGUGGUGCUCACGGGUCUGGAGCCCAACACGACGUACGAGGUGCGGGUGGCGGCGGUGAACGGGAAGGGUCAGGGAGAGUUCAGCCACACGGAGAACUUCCAGACGCUACCCAUCAGAGAGCCCAGCCCCCCCGCCGUGCACGGGCAGAGGGGAGUGGGCAAGGCCUACAGGCUGGGACUGGUCAAGCAGGACGACGGGGGCAUGCCCAUAGUGGAGUACAUCGUCAAGUACAAAACGGAUAAAGAGGAGCAGUGGAUGACGAAGCUAGUUCCGGGGGCGAAUGACUACGCGAUGCUCCAGCCGCUGCAGUGGAACACCAGAUACGAAGUCGAGAUCACAGCGAGAAACGUCAAAGGACUGUCGGAACCAACCUUCUACCAGUUCUUCAUGCCGCAGAAACCAGACAUCACAGCAGAAUCCCUGUUCAGCGGCCUGGGUCUGGGGGCCGUGGUGGGGCUGGGUCUGGGGGCGCUGCUGCUCCUCCUGGUGCUGGUGGACGUCAGCUGCUUCUUCCUGCGUCACUGCGGGCUGCUCAUGUGCAUCACGCGGACCCUCUGCGGAAAGAAGACCGCCACCGGGGGCAAGGGCAAGGAGCUGGAGGAGGGCAAAGCGGCAUACCUGAAGUUACCGCUGAAGGAAGAAAAUGGAAAAGAGUCUCUCAAGCCGGAUACGAUUGAAAUCAAAGUGCACAGUGACAACAGUCUGCACACACAGCCCAACAUCAGCAAAGCGUAAAAAAAUAAAUAAAAAACUCCCUCGUCACCAAAAGAACAUUCGGAUUACGAGACCAAAACCAGGAAACAACGAUACUGGAGUCCACUAGCAUAUCUGUUUAGCAAAUGCCCCCGCAGCAGGCAUGUGUACAUAGGAAUAAUCGAGAGAAAACCGAACAGACGGGCCGACCUUUUCAACGCCCAGAGUGAUGUGAAGUGUAUCAGUGGAAGGUUAUUCUGUGAUCUAUGUCCAUUAAUUUGGCCCAUUUUUUUGUCUCCUCUGUCAGCGCGGCUCAGGCUGCAGUUCUGAGCCCCCGUGUGUCCUCGGCAGUGAUAAUGCUAGCUUUUCUAUUGUUAGAGCUAACGUGCAGGCAGCCAAAUGCUCUGCUUCAUAGAAUUCAGAUUUAUUUGAAGCAACGCUAAUGUUUAUUUAUUGUUAUUAUUUUUUCGUGUUGGGUAUCAGCCGUAGUGUCAAAUUUUGUGUGCCAUGGAGCUUAGUAUCAACUAGCUCUGUAUUGACAUGACUAACCCGAUAAAAGCCAGACUAUUAUGCAAAGUUUAUUGAACCGUUAGCGAAUUAGCUUAUGUUGGCUAAGCUAGCACCUACGAUAACCAUUUCUGCUCAGUUCAAUUCACAACAUCUUUGACUCAACUAAUAAUUGGGCUAUAUUUUUAAGCAGGCAUUCUUCUGAAAUAUCUUAACUCAUCAGCGUCGAAUAUUAUCUUUUUGUGGACAUAGGUAGCACAGAAAUCGUUCACUCUGUAGCCUAGCUUCAUGCUCCCGAUCCUUUAGCUUUCGUUAGCUGAGCCAGCGCACAUACCGACCAUCUUUCCAGGUGACAUCGCAAACCUUGUUAUGCCUUUAAAGCUGCUCUGGUGUCAUACUAAUCAGCAUCUGAAGCUAAAGAUUUAUUUUUUUCUUUUUGUUUUGUUUUUUUUUAGCUGCCAGUAAACAGAUUUCAACACGAGUUAGAGAAACCAAUUGAAAUUAGCAACGGAAAGGGUUAGCGGGAUGUGUUUAUCCAUAAUUUGAGACGGAACAGGCUAUUGUCAUCAUAUUGUUCACUUUAGAACUACAGUAAGACAGCAGCAGCAAAAAUGCACUGAUAUGGUUAGGCUCAUGAUUGAAACCGCAUAUUGUAUUCUCUCCUUGCGUGUGCACAAAUACAUUCAGUCACUCCUCAACGAACUGUCGCCAGAGGUGAACUGCACUGCAAGCUCAUUUCCUCCCUCCACACACAACUUGGAAAAUUAAUGUCUUUUUGUUGCAUUGGGCCUGAACGUGGCGUGAUGUAACAUUUCUGUAAAAGCCAGGAUAUGAGCGAUGGCUUCGGGGCUGCAGGCACGCGAACAGAUUCAUACACAAAUGGAUCAAUGGCUUGUUUUUGCGUUUCUUCAUCACUGUCUGGGACUUCUUACCACGUGCGGGCUGAUCUCUCUAAUGUUGUCAUGUGUUGUACAUACGUUGAAAAAAAAAAGAGUAUUUUACAGAGCUUUUAUGUAAAUAUACCCAGAGGGAUGUGUGUUUUUCAAAUGCAAUGACUAUUCCCCCCCAUUCCCUCAGAUGAAAAAUUGUUUCUUUCUGUUUGUGUUUUGGUCGGAACUUCAGUAAUGGUGCAAUAUUACUUUUUUCAUGCCAUUUGCUUUCCCGUAAAAAGAAUCCAUAGCCUAAAGCAAUUUCGCUAUUUCAACGAAGGCAGUAAUUCCAGCAUUAGCGUGCCUUCUCUUACCCCCCCUCCCCUCUUUAGACCGCCGAAUGCAUUUCACAUCUCAACAACAACAGGCUGUCACAAGUUGCCGCUGGUUGUAGCCGUGGAUUCUGGGAAGUGUAGUCUUGAGGUAGGCGACACUGGACACAGGUAUAGUCGUGUAUUUUGGGCUGUGAAUAGAGGGAUUGUUAAUGUGUGUGUGCGCAUACAUGCAUGGACCAGGGCGUCUCGAGGGUGCGUCCGUAUAAAUCAGGUUGCAUGUAUGUGCGUUGAAUGUAUCCGAACGCACGUCGGUUUUACCUCUGUGUAUACAUUUGUGUGCGUGUUUACAUAAAAAUCUAAUGUCAUGAUAGUGUUUAUUUUGGUAAGUUAUUGUUUUAAAUUAAUGUCUAUUGAAUGGUGUAAUAUGCAACUUAAAGGGGUUACAUAUAGACCUAUAAGAAAAACAGAAUGUGUUCCAAAGAUGUCAAUAAGUGAUAAACGUGAACUUAAGCGCAUGUUAUGUUGCCUUUAACCACUAGAUGGAGUCAUGAGCCAUGAGAAGAUCUGUUUUGGCAUUCUUUUAAACCAUUUCCGACUUAAUUUAUCAGUAUAUUUUUACUUAUUUUUAUUGUCAAAAAAAAAAAAAAAAAUUAUACUUGUUAAGACUUAGAUUUAGACAAACUUUAUUGAUCCACAAUUGAAAUUAUUUGGACACAGUAGCUCACACAUCACAAUAUAAUAUAACACAAAUGGCAACAAUAUACUCCAGUCCAACAGAGUAGUUUGUGAGAGACAAGAGGCAAUUGUUUUUGUAGUUUUGUUAAAUCAAGGUCUACUUACAUGCUUGUAUACGCUCUUUCUGUGAUCACCACCAGAUGGAGUGAUGAGCUACUUCAAAUUUAAACUUCUUUUCCUCUCUUUUUUUCCCGUUACCUUGAAUUUGCUUUCUACCAAAUACCGGUCGACACUUUGACGCUGUAAACCUGCAAAGUUUGUUGACGAAUAUUACCGCCAUAUGGUGCUGAUGAUCCGAGAGACGUUCCAGGACUACAUGUAAUCCCUUUAAAGUCAUCUGAGUGUGGCUCGCGUUCGUCUUUGACAGUGGAACAGUGCCAGAGCUCUCACAGUGAGUUAGGGAGUGCGCACCGAUAGCUAAAACCUGAUUAUGUACUUGUCCACAGUGAUUAAUUUCUCACGGCUGCGGCACUCCAUGCAUGUGUCUGCAGGGUCCCCCCCUCCUUCCUCCCUCCUCCUCCCUCCUCCUCCUCUCCUCU